AUGGAGUACACAGAUUCGACCUACCCAGCGAUGGAACCACGCAAGCAUCUGGCGGUCUAUGUGGAGCAGAUCUGCCGGAAGACCAAAGCUGAUGGCGGUUCACAGAGGCACAAGGUUGAUGACUACCAUGCAACCAGCCCUUUUCUGUGCUUGCGCCCACGAAUUGGUUCGAAGCCGGAGACCAACGAUGUUCCCGGCUAG